UAUACGAUUCCGUAUUUUAGCAUAUUACGCUGUGAGUCAGCAUGUCGCUCAACACUGGAAAAUCUGAACACUACGCUUCAGCAAAUAUCUGAUCUUCUCAAAACCGUUGAAAUCGCAAUUCUCAUUGUUGCAGUCGCCCUUUCGAUUUUAUUGAUUGGUGAGUUCUUUCUAAAGAUUUCGGAAUCUUGGUGCUUGAGAGUUUCUGAUUUCACCCAUUUUCAUUAUGGCACCCAUCGGAUUGAUUGA